AUGGACCAAGACUCGCAUUUCACAGCAGAAAGGGAACUGUUGGAAGCUGUAAGCAGGAUUACUACGUUUUCUACCACAAGUCCAUCUGAUAAAGAACAAAAUCAACCCCAAGCUGAAAUUUCAUGUCAAGUGAGAAAAGAAAACCCGGAAAAAGAUGACCUGCAAGAUUCCUGUGCAUCCCUAAGUCCCAACUCUUCAAUGACCACUAAGGAGCUUCAGGAAUACUGGAGGAAUGAAAAACGCCAGUGCAAGCAAGUCAAGCUUGUUUUUGAAAUCCCAUCAACCAGAAUUGUAGAGCAUCACUUAUCUAAAUAUGUGAUGUAUAAAAUCAUCAUUCUGCAAACAGGGAGUUUUGACAGCAACAAGUCUGUAAUUGAACGCCGCUAUUCAGAUUUCGAGAAACUGCACAGAAAUCUGCUGGAGGAGUUUAGUGAAGAAAUGGAAGAUGUUACUUUUCCCAAAAAAACUCUGACAGGGAACUUCACAGAAGAAAUAAUCAACGAAAGAAAAUUAGCCUUCAAGGACUACCUGAGACUUGUAUAUUCUAUGAAAUAUAUCAGAAGAUCAAAAAAAUUUAUUGAUUUUUUAACAAGGCCGGAGCUUCAGGAAGCAUAUGGUUGCCUGCGGGGUGGCCAGUACACCAAAGCUUUGGAAAUCCUUUUGGAAGUCAUUGGUCUGCAAGCAAGGCUGACGAGAGGCAACCCUGUGUCAAUUGUCCCUACUCUGUGUGCCAUAGUGGUGUGCCACAAGGACCUGGAAAACCCAGCAAGUGCCUUUGAAUAUGGAGAAAAAGCUCUGUCGCGCCUUUGUAUGCAUACUAGCCACAAGUAUUAUAUCCCAUUGUUAGAAACAAUGAUCACUCUGGCAUAUGAACUUGGCAAGGAUUUUCUGUCUUUGCAAGAAAAACUGGAAGAAUGGAAGGCAAAAAAAGAUCCCAUUCGUAUUUUUACCCUGAAAGAACUUGCAGUUCGCGAGUAUGUACAAUGAAUACAAGAAACAAUUUCUUUAAAGAUCAAAGCUGUCAGCUUCUUUUCCUGAACACAAGCCCUUGAAAGAAUAAGAACUGGAAAUUACCUGUUUGGCUAACAUAGC